AUGACAUUAUUUCUCAUCAAGCACGCAAGGUUUUACACAUACAUUUACCCUACGUUGCCAAUCAUUUCAUCAGCCUAUUUCAAUCAAGAAUCGUUCACAAAUUCAUCACCCCAACACGAUGCACUCGAUCAUGUCCCCUGUCACUUACUCAGUGCCAUCUAUGGAUUAUCCAUACCAUUCUCUCGCAACGAUGACCACCUUUCCGUUGUCGACAUGUACAACCCCCUGCCACAUGAAGCUGUAUGGCGUAUAUGUUAUCAGGCUUUGCAGGAAGAACUCUAUCGCCCUCGUCUAUCAGUCAUCCAAGCGGGCUUAUUAUACUUGCAUAAGACAACACACGCUGAAGCCCAUGCCACCGUGUCUGACGUAUCCAAGUGUUCAUGGCUAGGAUCUCUUGUAGGAAUUGCUCAUAGCCUUGGACUUCAUCUUGAGACGCGUAUGUGUGCCAUACCAACUGAAGAAAAGCAGAUUCGUCGCCGCUUGUGGUGGGCUUUGUAUAUUGAGGACAAGUGGCUGUCUCUUCUCAUGGGUCGGCCAUCUUACAUAUCUGAUUCCGAGUGGGAUUUGGGAGAGCUAGACGACGGCGACUUUAGUAUCCCUGCAAGUAUCCCUCUUACGAACCUCUCACAUGCUGACUUGACUAGACCAUUCAGGGACAUGAGUCGCCUGUCUGUCAUUGCUGGUAAUGUACAGGCUUCCUUCUAUUCACUAAAAUCUUCGCAGAGGCUCUCUGAAGAUUUGUUAUCCUCUGUGCAAACAGCCCAGCCUCUAUUUGAAGAGUUGAACACUUGGCGCACUUCUGUCACGGCCAUUGAGUCACCAUGGCUUGCAAGCAAUAACGGGAUACUGAGCAACAGUGGAAAAUAUCCAUCGACGGUAUUUAUCGCACAUGCCACCCUGGUUACCUACGUCUGGAGAGCACUGCUGAGACCCAUCGUACCUUCUGCUGAUCCUCCCCUGAUUAUUGACGAUCAGCUCGACGGUGGACUAGUAAGCAUGGAGCUUCCGUCACUAAAUGCCCAGGAUCUUUGGGAUUUACCAGACUUGACUGAGCUGGAACCGUCACUAGAAAACACCACUGAUGGCUCAGCUGCACAUGAUGGUAUCGUUCAAAAUCUUCACCAGUCUUCUUUCAUAUGGGCUACGAGCCUCGCAAGUCUCGUUGAGCAUUUACCUCCAGCUCGGUUCCAUGAGUUCUGGUAUUCCUGGUCCAAUAUCUGCUUUGCAGUAAUAUCUAGCUUGGAUAUGGUUAUUCUUGUCCAAUCACCAACUGUAGAAGCAGCUGUUAAAGCAAAAAGACUGCUCAAACCUGGCGUCAUGUCGUAA